AUGAAGGUCUCCAUCGCUCUCGUUUACCUGUCUGCCUGCCUCGCCCCUGCAGCAGCACUUCCCGGCGUUCUCCCCAGCACGUCGUCCGAUGUCCUCGCCAACACAGGCUUGAAGAUCCCGGGAGAUUCUCCAUUGAACCUGUGCACCGGCGAUCACAGCAAGGAUAUCGUCGUGGUUGAUCGAGUGGACCUCUCUCCCAACCCCCCAUCCCCAGGCCGAGCGCUCGUCAUCAAGGCCAGCGGAACGGUCAAGAAGACGAUCGAAAAGGGCGCUUAUAUCAACGUCGUUGUCAAGCUUGGCCUUAUCACGCUUAUUAACAAGAAGCUUGACCUUUGCGAGCAGCUUGGCAAUGUCAACCUCCAGUGCCCCGUCCAGCCUGGCAAGCUCGAUAUUACCAAGAGCGUUGACUUGCCCGGGGCCAUCCCACCGGGCAAGUACAAUGUCAGGGCCGACGCCUACAACGCCAACGGCGAGAAGAUGACAUGCCUGACCGCCACCCUCGAGCUCAAGAUUGGCCGCGCGACGGUCGAAGAACUGAAAUGA